UUUUCCGACUUGAAGACGUACAGUUGGCGCAGUCGAUCCGGAACGUAGUUCAAUGGUUUCUGCCUUUCUAGAGCAGCACGCCUUUUUCUUUCUUCAUUGAGGAAAUACAACUGAAACUCCGCGGCUUCUGUUCUCCAGAUUGGACACAGCUUCACAAUCUAGGAUUCUUUAAAAGAGAGGUCUUCUCUAGCAGAUGAACUUUGGUGAUUGAUUGAGCCAGUGUAAGCUCGGGGAGGUGACUUCACACGGGCGGGACCGCGUCUCAACUUUCCAACAGUAAGUCUCCUGUCUGCGUGAACAGCGCGUUUUUACACCUUUUUUUCUGUCCGAAAGCUUGGCAUUAGUAGCCGAUUUUUGUAGCCACCAUGUUCAGCUGGUCCAGCAGAAACGGGAAAAAGGAGCCGGAGCUGUUUCAAAAUGUCUCCGAUGGGCUGAAGCGCCUGUACCGCCAUAAGCUCUUCCCUUUGGAGGACACCUACCGCUUCCACGACUUCCACUCCCCGGCGCUGGAGGAUGCCGACUUCGAUAAUAAGCCCAUGGUGCUUCUGGUCGGUCAGUAUUCCACCGGAAAAACGACCUUCAUCCGGCACCUGAUGGAGCAGGAUUUCCCAGGGAUGCGGAUCGGACCAGAGCCCACCACGGAUUCCUUCAUAGCGGUGAUGCACGGGGAUCAGGAGGGAGUCAUACCGGGCAACGCGCUGGUGGUGGACCCGAAAAAACCCUUCCGGAAACUCAACGCUUUCGGAAACGCUUUCCUCAACAGGUUCAUGUGUGCUCAGCUGAAGAACCCUGUUCUAGAGAGUAUCAGUAUCAUCGAUACCCCAGGCAUCCUGUCAGGGGAGAAGCAGAGGAUAAGCCGAGGAUAUGAUUUUGCCGCUGUACUCGAGUGGUUCGCCGAGCGAGUGGACCGCAUCAUCCUGCUCUUCGAUGCCCACAAGCUGGACAUCUCAGACGAGUUCUCCGAGGUGAUAAAAGCCUUAAAGAACCACGAAGACAAGAUGCGCGUGGUUUUGAACAAAGCCGACCAAAUCAGCACGCAGCAGCUGAUGAGGGUGUACGGUGCCCUCAUGUGGUCACUAGGGAAGAUCAUUAACACCCCGGAGGUGGUGCGGGUCUACAUCGGCUCGUUCUGGGCGCAGCCUCUCCAUGUACCAGAUAAUAGGAAGCUGUUUGAGGCUGAGGAGCAGGACCUUUUCCGAGACAUCCAGAGUCUUCCACGGAACGCUGCCUUGAGAAAGCUGAAUGAUCUGAUUAAAAGAGCACGUCUUGCCAAGGUUCAUGCUUACAUCAUCACCUCUCUAAAGAAAGAGAUGCCCAGCAUGUUUGGCAAAGACAACAAAAAGAAGGAACUGAUUGCCAACCUGGGUGCCAUCUAUGAGAAGAUCGAGAAAGAACACAACAUUUCUCCAGGAGACUUCCCAAACCUCAAGAAGAUGCAGGACCUCCUGAUUGCUCAAGACUUUGCCAAGUUCCCCGCCUUGAAGCCCAAACUGCUGGAGGCUGUGGAGGACAUGCUGGCCAACGACAUUGCUAAGCUCAUGGCACUUGUGCGCCAGGAAGAGGCGGCCAUGCCUGCUCAGGUAGUGAAAGGCGGAGCCUUCGAAGGCACCAUGAAUGGGCCGUUCGGCCACGGUUAUGGCGAGGGUGCUGGUGAGGGCAUCGAUGAGCUGGAAUGGGUGGUAGCUCGCGACAAGCCAUCCUAUGAUGAAAUUUUCUACACCCUCUCGCCAAUUAAUGGCAAGGUGUCGGGCGCUGCCGCCAAGAAGGAAAUGCUGAAGUCCAAGCUGCCAAACACAGUGCUCGGCAAGAUCUGGAGCCUGGCUGAUGUGGACAAGGAUGGCUUCCUGGAUGACGAGGAGUUUGCGCUGGCCAACCAUCUGAUCAAGGUGAAGCUGGAAGGCUACGAGCUGCCCGCCAAGCUGCCCACUCACCUGGUGCCCCCAUCCAAACGUGGACAAGAGCAGCAGUGACACUCUGGAGCACCCCAUUAACUCUUCAGCUGUGGCUUGUUUCAGGCUUUGACUUCCCCAGCCAUUCCAGGAUUUCUUCCAAAUAGCAGCAGCUUUCAUCACUUCAGCUCACAGCAUUUGAUUAAAACAAAAAACAGUUAGCGCUUUUGAGAGACUCUUCCAGUUGCUGUACAUAUGGCUCCAAAUUUCUUGUAGUCUAGAGAAGUAGGUAGCAAUAUUCUACUGUCUUUUGUUCUUUUUGGUUCAAUAUGUUUUACGACCAUUCAUUUUCUCAGAGCUGUUGUUUUUUUUUAUUGAUGAAUAUUGAGUCUGGCCUGGUAAUACCAUCAACUAUUCCUGGUUAUCAGCGAGUAUUCGACACUCCACAGGGUUACUAAAUGGAUUCUGAAGCUGGAGUAUGCACAAAUGAAUAUCUGGAAUGGCUUUGGAUCCAAAGACUGAACCUGAUCUCUGAACGAAUUAAACCUGUAAAAGACUUGGGGUUUGGAUGUGUAUGAAAACAAAAGACACCACUUUCAGCAGAGGGUUUUUGGAAAAGAUUGGAAAAUGCACUUUGCUGGUACUAAGGCAAUGGAUGACAGUUUUGGAGGAGCAGGGGCCAGGAGAAAUUAAGGGUUACUUGCGGGAGAAAAAAAAAUUAAUGUGAAAUAUAUAUAUAUAUAUAUAUA